AUGGACAAAAGCUGGAUGACUGAGCCCAAUAGACUUCGAUCACCUGCUUAUGCUGCAAGCGUUAACAAUUUUCUUGAGAUGGCGCAAAACCAUGCUAGGGGAAGUCAUCGCAUUCGGUGUCCAUGUCGAAUAUGUUCUAAUAAUCUCUUCCUGCCUUUACUUACUGUAGAGAGUCACUUGUUCAUAAAUGGGAUCGAUCUGAACUACACUGAAUGGAUUUUCUAUGGUGAGGAGGAAACCCGAAAUUUUGAUGUGGACGAUGAAGAAGUUGCUGUUAGUGAUGAAGAUGAAUUCAUCGAUGAUAUGGACAAUAUGUUAGACGACAUAUUGGCUGGGACAAACGUCGAUGUUCCCCAAAGUAGCACUCCAUUGCCGAGCCGGGAUUCAUUUCCUGAAGCAUUACCAGUGUCAUCGUUUGACUGGCUAUUAGAGGAUGCUCGAUGUCCACUUUUCGGCGGUUGUACAAAAUUCUCUAAACUUUCGUUCAUUGUGAAAUUGUUACACAUAAAAAUCCUUGGUGGCUGGUCAAUCAAGUCAUUUGAUAUGCUCCUUAACUUGUUGAAGUCUGCUUUUCCGGAUGCUGAAUUGCCACUCUCAUAUGAAGAUGCUCGUUCAUUGGAGCGAGGUUUGGGCUUCAAGUACAACAAAAUUCAUGCCUGCCCCAAUGACUGCAUCUUAUAUUGGAAGGAAUAUUCAGAACUAAAUUCAUGCCCUAUAUGUAAGGCCUCAAGGUGGAUGUCAACUACAAAUGGGACCCAGGUGAUCCCUCAUAAGGUGUUGCGGCAUUUUCCUUUAAAGCCAAGAUUACAGCGGCUUUUCCUGUCUACAAAGAUAGCAGCUGAAAUGAGAUGGCAUAAAGAGAAGCAAGUGACAGAUGAUAAUUUUCUGCGUCAUCCCGCUGACUCUAAGUCUUGGAAGGCUUUUGACGAGGCACAUAGUUGGUUCGCUAACGAUCCUCGCAAUGUUAGGCUUGGUUUGGCAAGUGAUGGUUUCAAUCCAUUCAACAAUAUGGUCAAGCCCUACAGCAUAUGGCCAGUGAUCCUUGUACCAUAUAACUUGCCACCGUGGUUAUGCAUGAAAGACCAAUUCUUUAUGACAUCCCUCAUUAUUCCUGGCCCAAAAUCACCGGGGAAUGACAUCGAUGUUUAUUUGCAGCCGUUGCUCGAUGAAUUGCUUGAACUUUGGGAACAUGGGGUACCUACGUAUGAUUCCUCCACCAAGGAAACGUUCAUGCUGCAUGCCACUUUAUUGUGGACAAUCAAUGACUUUCCUGCCUAUGGGAAUCUUUCUGGUUGGUCAACAAAAGGAAAAUUUGCAUGUCCAUGUUGCAAUGUGAAUACAGAUUCCCAUUGGUUGAAAUAUGGCCGGAAACACUGUUAUAUGGGACAUCGGCGUUUCCUCCCCCAAAACCACAUUUGGAGGAAGAAAAAGUUGUUGUUUAAUGGUAAUGAAGAUCAUCGCAUUCCACCAAGACUGUUAGGGGGAGCAAAUAUUUUAAGUCAGCUACAGAUGCUUGGGGAUGUACCGUUUGGAAAAUCUAUUAGGAAGAGAAAACGGACUGCCGUAGAGUUGAACUGA